AUGACGAAAAAAGACCCCCUACUCGCUUAUACUAGUAACGUGGUUAACCUAAGCGACUUCGAUAACUCUAAAAUCAGACGGGCGGUCCUACCACGUACAGAGAGCGACUAUAAGUGUGCUCUAAGAAUCUUUGAUGCGUUAACCUAUAAAGCCUUCCUUGUCUGGGCUGCUAAAGGGAAAAAAGGCCGAAUCGAGGCUUUUCCCACUGUAAAAACUAUUCAGGGGUUUCGCAGGGACUUUCAAGCUGGGAUGUUAUAUAUACGAGAUAUUAAUUUUUCCGAUGAAUUUUCCACUACACUUCACGAGUUUAUUCUAAUAGGACUUUGGGAGAAAGUUCCACUUUCUACUGCUAAAAUGGACUAUAGUAGAUUUUCACCUAACGAUAUUAUUAUCCUCUUGAUAUAG